AUGACUUUUGUCCACCAGCGCAGCUUUAAUUGGCUCAAUAGUGUUGACCAAUGCCGUUUUAUAAAACUACAGAAGGCAUGCCAAAGAGCUGGCUUCGAUGUCUUCCUGGCUAAUAUCACGAAAACGAAUAAUGGUGGCCUUAUUGAAAGCUACGAUGAAAGCUACUAUAACCAUGGAGGACUUGGGUUUUCGCAUGUGUUGGACAGAAAUGGCACUGUAGUCGAGAAGGGAGUACCAUUCCCCGAAACCAUGGUAAUUCCAGACGGUGUUUUCGACCGUAAUCCUCAUGAGGGGGACUCUGAAGGCUUCACAGGCAACGCCGGCGCUUCAACGACUCACUUUGUCGGGAGACGUUUUGUUCUCGCUUCUGAUGGGGAUUUUAUAAGGCGCAUUAAUCAUCCCUCGCAAUUCCGCUUCAUGUUUGACCUUCAUAUAUUAAAGCAUGGCUCCGUUAACGUUAAAGUCGUGCCAUCGUGUUAUAUUUCUGUACUGACUUUGUCUCACAGCCUGAACCGAAUGUUCCAAUUUCGAGGGGAAUCCAAGCCCAUGAUUCGCAAGUCGUUGCUUUCUCAACCACUGAGCUUGUUCCUGAAAUUGGUCAAAGAAUUACAUAUUAUCUGA